CCCGGCGCGUGUCUCCACCAUGAGCGUCCGGGUGGCGCAGGCUGCGAGGACCCAGAGGGCCUGGGGCUGGGGCUGGGGCUGGGGCGCCGGCUGCCGCGGGGCCUCGAACUCCCCGCUGCCGCCGCCGGGCGUCGUGGAUGUGGCGGAGCUGCUGCGAGAUGCCUCCACGGAGGAGGAACGGCCCCGGGGGGCGACGGCGCGGCGACUGCCCGGCCAGUGCUCCGUGCUGCUCUUCCCGGGCCAGGGCAGCCAGGUGGUGGGCAUGGGCCGCGGCCUGCUCCGCUACCCGCGCGUCCGCGAGCUCUACGCCGCCGCCCACCGCGUGCUGGGCUACGACCUGCUGGAGCUGAGCCUGCACGGGCCGCAGGAGGUCCUGGACCGCACCGCCUACUGCCAGCCGGCCGUCUUCGUGGCCUCGCUGGGCGCCGUGGAGAAGCUCCAUCACCUGCAGCCCGAGGUCAUUGAGAGCUGCGUGGCCGCCGCUGGAUUCAGCGUGGGGGAGUUCGCUGCCCUGGUGUUUGCCGGAGCCAUGGACUUUGCCGCAGGUCUGCACGCGGUGAAGGUGCGCGCCGAGGCCAUGCAGGCGGCCUCAGAAGCUGUCCCCAGCGGGAUGCUGUCCGUCCUCGGCCAGCCACAGUCCCAGUUCACCGCCGCCUGCCAGGACGCCCGCGAGCACUGCAGGUCUCUGGGCAUCCAGGACCCCGUGUGCGAGGUGGCCAACUACCUCUUUCCCGACGGCAGGGUGCUCUCGGGACACCUGGAGGCGCUGCGCUUUCUGCAGAGGAACUCCUCCAAGUACCGCUUCCGCCGCGCCAGGCUGCUGCCGGUGAGCGGGGCCUUCCACACGCGCCUCAUGGAGCCGGCGCUGGAGGCCCUGGCGCGGGCCCUGCAGGCCGUCGAGCUGCAGAAGCCCCUGGUCUCCGUGCACGCCAACGUGAGCGGGCGCAGGUACGCGCAGCCCGCGCACAUCCGCAAGCUGCUGCUGCAGCAGCUGGUGUCCCCGGUGCGCUGGGAGCAGACCAUGCACGCCAUCUACGAGCGCAGGAGGGGCGCCGCCUUCCCGCGGACCUUCGAGGUGGGGCCCGGGCAGCAGCUGGGCAGCAUCCUCAAGAGCUGCAACCUGCAGGCCUGGAAGGCCUACAGCCGCGUGGACGUGCUGGGCCCCGAGGGGGACCCCGGCCCGGACCCCGCCCCGUAGGCG